GGCAGAGUGUCAGAGAGCAAGGAAAGAACAGCUGGAUUCUGUAAAUGCCCGAGAAAAUUAAUACCAUCCCCAGAAGGAGGUGGGUGGGGUGAAACUUGUUUUUGGAGCUGUUUGGGGCCCGCGAGAACUUACUAGAUUUUUUUUUAAAAAAUCUCUACAUUCAAAGAGUCCAUGGCAGGAGAAGGUUCAGCAAGCAUGCAUGUUAUGUAGAAGUGGAGAAGUUUAAGGUUGGGGGAGAGGGAUGGAGAGCGAGAGAAGGUGAGGAGUUAAAGAUUCCUAGGUGGGGGUGUCAGUUUGCUGGAUGUCCAUGUUUUUUGGGCUGAUCCCUGAUGAGAUCAUAAGUGUUUGCAAGCAAGAAAGGGGAAAACAGACUGCAGAGGGUAGAAAGGAAGGAGAGAGAGCGACAUACACAGAAGAGAAAUGGAGCAAGUAGCGAAAAUCCUCCUCUGUCUGAUGGUGGCUUUGCAAGAGUCUGUUGUCCAUCCAUAUUCAGUCCCAGCGGACGCCUCCAAUUCGGAGAGCGUGGUGGUGUCCGUGCUGAACAUCACGGCCAAGGUGGGCUCCCAGACAGUCCUCUCCUGCAAAAGCUACCGGAUGGUGUGGACUCAGGACCGGCUGAGCGACCGCCAGCGUGUGGUCCACUGGGACUUGUACCGAAAUGGACACUACAGCAGCGAGAGGCUGUGUGAUAUGUAUUCGACAGGGGACCAGCGACUGUAUAACAACCACAAUCAAGGACGGAUAUUCAUGGCCGACAAUGCUUUCGAAGACGGCAACUUCUCGUUGGUGGUCAAAGAUAUUGCUGAGAGUGACCACGGAAUUUAUUCAUGCAACCUCCACCACCAUUACUGCCAUCUGUACGAAACAGUACGCGUGCAACUCAACGUCACAAGAAAAGCGAAAGAAGUCGCGCGUUACUGGGACGGAGAGAAGGUGAUCAUCGUCGCCCUGAAGGGGAGCAGCGUGGUCAUCCCCUGCGUCAACCGGAAUCACAUCUGGACCGAGCGCCAUGAUGAAGAGGACCAGCAGGUGGUCCACUGGGACCGGCAGCCCCCCGGGGUACCCCACGACCGGGCCGACCGCCUCAUUGACCUGUAUGCCUCUGGCGAAGGGCGCUCCUAUGGGCCCCUCUUCAUCCGGCUCAAGAUGAAUAUCACCGAGAGGGCUUUUGAGCUGGGCGACUUCUCCCUGAAGAUCUCGGCCCUGGAGGCAGACGACGAGGGCACCUAUUCCUGCCACCUCCAUCACCACUACUGCGGGCUGGACGAACGCAGGAUCUUCCGGGUCUCGGUCGUGGAGCCGGAGCCGGAGAGGAAGGUGGUGAACUUCACCCGGCACAAUCCGCCCCUGGCAGAUCCCAGCGGGGGGCACAGCCAUAAUGUCAUCAACGUCAUCAUUCCCGAGAGCCGCGCUCAUUUUUUCCAGCAGUUGGGCUACAUCCUGGUGACGCUCGUGUUCUUCAUCCUGCUCUUGAUCCUCGUGGUCUUGGUCACCCGCAAGCGGCAGAGGAGAGGUUUUGAGUACAAUGUGAAGAAAUAUGACGAGAAAGACGUGAACCUCCGGGAGUUUACCGUUGACACAGCCGAUUUGUCCACCCUCAAAAGUGAAAACAUUAAGCUGGAUUACAGAAACAAUAUCCUGAAGGAGAAAGCGGAGCAACACCGGGUCCUCCCAGCCAAGAACAUAGACUUAGAUAAAGACUUCAGGAAAGAAUACUGUAAAUGAAGGUGACAACCCAAAGCGACUGGCUGGUCCAGAAGCACCGAGAAGAAUUUAAUAAGCAAGAGAAGCAUGGUGGUUCCCUUACAGCACCCAGUUAACGAAGAGCUCUCUGUAGACUUCCUUCCUCUCUUGGGUCGGGGGCUAACAGAAUCAUAGAUGACACUUAAGCGUCCUCUUUAUUAUCCUAUAUGAUGAUCAUUCAGGAAAGGUGGUGUGUGUGUGUGUGAUUUUCUUUCCUUUUUUUUUUGGUUAACUUUCCCCCCUUUCUGCCACUUAUUCCUUUGUUCCUCUCUUGCGAUAAUUAUUUGGUUUUAAUUGCAUUGAUAUUUUGAGAUUAUUUCCCCUCCACCCCCAGAAAACCUUUUUAUAAAAAAUAAGCUGGAAAAUUUAGGAGCUUGGCUUGAUGUUAAAAUACAAAACAGAUAUUGUGGUCCCUCUUAUGGUACUGACAUUUAAAGGUUGUUUUUUUUUAAAAGAUGUCUGUAUUGAAUUGGACCUGUUUCUGUGAGUGUUGGAAUGUGCUGGCUUUCAGAUUACACAGAACUCUUUGUCAAA